GGCUGGUAGAGGCACUGACGGGCGGGGGUGCGCCGGAGAGUGCCCCGGCGUGUUCGCUUAGUUCAGUGAAUCAGAACAAUGACUGCGCCGCCGGGUCCCCGGGAGCGCGUCGGGAGACUGUGAGCAGCUGCUGCCGGGAGAGCGGCGGGCGGCGCAGCCUCGGUGGCGCGGUGUCAACGCCAGGCUUGAGAGCUGCUAGCACAGACCCUGCCCAGCGCCCGCAGCCCGCGCGGGGCUGCCGGGCUCCUGCGCUUGCAGCCGCUACUCGCGAGCUGUGCAUUGUUGUGAGCUGGUUGAGGGGCGCGGGGAUUACAAAGCCUGGAAACCCCGGAGCCCCCCUUUAGCCAUGUGGAUACCUACGGAGCACGAGAAAUACGGCGUGGUUAUUGCCAGUUUUCGAGGAACUGUCCCAUAUGGCCUGUCAUUGGAAAUUGGGGACACAGUUCAGAUCCUGGAGAAGUGUGAUGGCUGGUACAGAGGAUUUGCCUUAAAAAACCCAAAUAUCAAGGGUAUAUUUCCUUCCAGCUAUGUUCACUUGAAAAAUGCCUGUGUAAAGAACAAAGGACAAUUUGAAAUGGUUAUUCCCACUGAAGACUCCGUUAUCACAGAAAUGACAUCAACAUUAAGAGACUGGGGAACCAUGUGGAAACAACUCUACGUGAGAAAUGAAGGUGAUCUCUUCCACCGGCUGUGGCACAUCAUGAAUGAAAUCCUGGAUCUGCGGCGCCAGGUGCUGGUUGGCCAUCUUACCCAUGACAGGAUGAAGGAUGUGAAGCGACACAUUACUGCCCGCCUUGACUGGGGCAAUGAACAACUAGGACUAGACCUGGUGCCUCGGAAAGAGUAUGCAAUGGUGGAUCCAGAGGACAUCAGUAUUACUGAGCUCUACCGAUUGAUGGAGCAUCGACAUCGGAAGAAGGACACCCCAGUGCAGGCCAGCAGUCACCAUCUCUUUGUCCAGAUGAAGAGCCUUAUGUGUUCCAACCUGGGAGAGGAGCUGGAGGUCAUCUUCUCCCUCUUUGACAGUAAAGAGAAUCGACCAAUCAGUGAGAGAUUUUUCUUGAGACUGAAUAGAAAUGGGCUUCCCAAAGCCCCAGAUAAACCAGAACGACAUUGCUCUCUCUUUGUGGAUUUGGGUAGCAGCGAGCUAAGAAAGGACAUCUAUAUCACCGUGCACAUCAUCCGAAUUGGUCGAAUGGGAGCAGGAGAAAAAAAGAAUGCCUGCAGCGUCCAGUACCGGCGACCCUUUGGUUGUGCGGUUCUUAGCAUCGCAGAUCUGCUAACAGGAGAGACGAAGGAUGACCUUGUCCUGAAAGUGUACAUGUGUAAUACAGAGAGUGAGUGGUACCAAAUCCAUGAGAACAUUAUCAAGAAGCUGAAUGCACGCUAUAAUUUGACUGGCUCCAAUGCAGGGUUAGCCGUUUCCCUCCAACUAUUGCACGGAGACAUUGAACAAAUCAGAAGAGAGUACUCAUCCGUCUUUUCUCAUGGAGUAUCCAUAACAAGGAAGUUGGGUUUUUCUAAUAUUAUCAUGCCUGGUGAAAUGAGGAAUGAUUUAUAUAUCACCAUAGAAAGGGGAGAAUUUGAGAAAGGAGGGAAGAGUGUGGCCAGAAAUGUGGAAGUUACGAUGUUCAUUGUAGAUAGUAGUGGCCAGACCUUAAAGGAUUUUAUCUCCUUUGGCUCUGGAGAGCCUCCAGCUAGUGAAUACCACUCCUUUGUGCUUUAUCAUAACAACAGUCCCAGGUGGUCUGAACUGCUGAAACUGCCUAUUCCUGUGGAUAAGUUCAGGGGCGCACACAUCCGCUUUGAGUUUCGGCAUUGUUCCACAAAGGAGAAAGGAGAGAAGAAGUUGUUUGGUUUCUCCUUUGUGCCCCUGAUGCAGGAAGAUGGCAGGACCCUUCCAGAUGGCACCCAUGAGCUCAUUGUGCACAAGUGUGAAGAAAACACAAACCUUCAGGAUACUACCCGCUACCUCAAGCUUCCGUUUUCCAAGGGCAUUUUCCUUGGGAAUAAUAAUCAAGCCAUGAAGGCAACAAAAGAAUCUUUUUGGAUAACAUCUUUUCUCUGUUCCACAAAACUCACACAAAAUGGUAAUGGAAAGAAGAUUCCUCAUGAUGCACAUUUCAGGUUUAUUGGCAUUUCAUUGAAAGUGCAACCAACUCUACUUUGUGCACAUUUCUCCCUGUAUUUUAGAGAUCUCAUCAAAGUUCUCAAGUGGUAUGUGGACAGGAUAACAGAAGCAGAGCGGCAAGAGCAUAUCCAGGAGGUGCUGAAGGCACAAGAAUACAUUUUUAAAUACAUAGUUCAAUCCCGAAGGCUCUUUUCCCUUGCCACUGGUGGGCAAAAUGAAGAGGAAUUCCGCUGCUGCAUUCAGGAGCUCCUUAUGUCCGUCCGUUUCUUUCUUUCACAAGAGAGCAAAGGAUCUGGAGCAUUAUCUCAGUCACAGGCUGUGUUUCUGAGUUCCUUCCCAGCAGUGUACUCAGAGCUGCUGAAGCUCUUCGAUGUUCGGGAAGUGGCCAACUUGGUGCAGGACACCCUGGGUAGCCUGCCCACCAUCAUGCACGUGGAUGAUUCCCUGCAGGCCAUUAAGCUGCAGUGCAUUGGCAAAACUGUGGAAAGCCAGCUUUAUACCAAUCCAGAUUCCCGAUACAUUCUCCUGCCUGUCGUGUUACAUCACCUCCACAUUCACUUGCAAGAACAGAAGGACUUGAUCAUGUGUGCGCGUAUCCUUAGCAACGUAUUUUGCCUCAUCAAGAAAAACAGCUCAGAAAAAUCUGUGUUGGAGGAAAUAGAUGUGAUAGUGGCCAGCCUGCUGGACAUCCUGCUGAGGACCAUCCUGGAGAUCACCAGCCGACCCCAGCCAUCCGGCUCCACAAUGCGGCUCCAGUUCCAGGAUGUGACUGGGGAAUUUGUUGCCUGUCUCCUGUCCCUAUUACGACAAAUGACUGACAGACAUUAUCAACAACUUCUUGAUAGUUUCAAUACAAAAGAAGAAUUAAGGGAUUUCCUGCUGCAGAUAUUUACUGUGUUCCGAAUAUUGAUACGCCCAGAGAUGUUUCCAAAGGACUGGACUGUCAUGCGCUUGGUUGCUAACAAUGUGAUUAUUACAACAGUUCUAUACCUCUCAGAUGCACUUCGCAAGAACUUCUUAAAUGAAAACUUUGAUUAUAAAAUCUGGGAUUCCUACUUUUACCUUGCAGUCAUUUUUAUAAACCAGUUGUGUCUGCAGUUGGAGAUGUUCACACCUUCCAAAAAGAAAAAGGUGUUAGAAAAGUAUGGUGACAUGCGGGUGACAAUGGGUUGUGAGAUUUUCAGCAUGUGGCAGAACCUAGGAGAACACAAACUGCACUUCAUCCCUGCCCUGAUUGGCCCCUUCCUAGAAGUGACCUUGAUACCCCAGCCAGAUCUCCGGAAUGUCAUGAUUCCUAUUUUUCAUGAUAUGAUGGACUGGGAGCAGAGGCGGAGUGGCAACUUUAAGCAGGUGGAAGCAAAGCUAAUUGACAAACUGGAUAGCCUGAUGUCAGAAGGCAAAGGUGAUGAAACGUACCGGGAGCUCUUCAACAGUAUAAUUCCACUAUUUGGUCCCUAUCCUAGUCUACUAAAGAAAAUAGAGCGGGAAACAUGGAGGGAAAGUGGCGUUUCAUUAAUUGCCACUGUAACUCGUCUAAUGGAGAGGUUGCUAGAUUACAGGGACUGCAUGAAAAUGGGAGAGGUAGAUGGCAAAAAGAUCGGCUGUACAGUUAGCCUGCUGAACUUCUAUAAGACUGAACUGAACAAGGAAGAGAUGUAUAUACGCUAUAUUCACAAACUUUAUGAUCUGCAUCUCAAAGCACAGAACUUUACAGAGGCUGCCUACACUCUACUGUUGUAUGAUGAGCUGCUGGAGUGGUCAGAUCGGCCCCUCAGAGAGUUCCUGACCUACCCCAUGCAAACAGAAUGGCAGCGCAAGGAGCACCUGCACCUCACCAUCAUUCAGAACUUUGACAGAGGCAAAUGCUGGGAGAAUGGCAUCAUCUUGUGCCGGAAGAUCGCAGAACAGUAUGAGAGUUACUAUGAUUACAGAAAUCUGAGCAAGAUGAGGAUGAUGGAAGCCUCUCUAUAUGACAAAAUUAUGGACCAGCAGCGUCUGGAACCAGAAUUCUUCAGAGUCGGAUUUUAUGGGAAAAAAUUUCCAUUUUUCUUGAGAAAUAAGGAGUUUGUAUGUCGAGGGCAUGACUACGAGAGGCUGGAAGCUUUCCAACAGAGAAUGCUGAACGAGUUCCCCCAUGCCAUCGCCAUGCAGCACGCCAACCAGCCUGAUGAGACCAUCUUCCAGGCAGAAGCUCAGUAUUUGCAGAUAUACGCUGUAACCCCUAUUCCAGAGAGCCAGGAGGUCCUGCAGAGAGAGGGUGUUCCGGACAACAUCAAAAGUUUCUAUAAAGUGAAUCAUAUCUGGAAAUUCCGCUAUGAUAGACCAUUUCACAAAGGCACGAAAGAUAAGGAGAAUGAAUUCAAGAGCCUCUGGGUGGAGAGAACAUCAUUAUACUUGGUGCAGAGUUUACCUGGCAUCUCCCGCUGGUUUGAAGUGGAGAAGCGUGAAGUGGUUGAAAUGAGUCCUCUGGAAAAUGCAAUUGAAGUUUUGGAAAAUAAGAACCAGCAGCUGAAGACACUGAUUAGUCAAUGUCAAACAAGACAGAUGCAAAAUAUUAACCCCCUGACCAUGUGCCUGAAUGGAGUCAUAGAUGCUGCAGUUAACGGUGGGGUUUCAAGGUACCAAGAGGCAUUCUUUGUCAAAGAAUAUAUUUUAAGUCAUCCUGAAGAUGGGGAGAAAAUUGCACGAUUAAGAGAGCUGAUGCUUGAGCAGGCCCAGAUUCUGGAAUUUGGUUUGGCUGUGCAUGAGAAGUUUGUACCCCAAGAUAUGAGACCCCUUCACAAAAAGCUGGUUGAUCAGUUCUUUGUGAUGAAGUCAAGCUUAGGGAUACAGGAGUUCUCUGCUUGUAUCCAAGCCAGUCCUGUUCAUUUUCCUAAUGGAAGUCCUCGGGUGUGUAGGAACUCAGCACCAGCUUCCAUGAGCCCAGAUGGUACCAGGGUAAUUCCUAGGCGCAGCCCAUUAAGUUACCCAGCUGUCAACCGGUAUUCUUCCUCCUCACUGUCCUCACAAGCUUCUGCUGAAGUAAGCAAUAUUACAGGGCAAUCAGAAAGCUCUGAUGAAGUCUUUAACAUGCAGCCAAGUCCAUCUACCUCAAGCCUGAGUUCUACUCACUCUGCUUCACCUAAUGUGACAAGUUCUGCUCCAUCGAGUGCCAGAGCUUCUCCUUUGCUAUCUGACAAACACAAACAUUCCAGAGAAAACUCUUGCCUGUCCCCAAGAGAAAGACCCUGCAGUGCCAUUUAUCCAACACCUGUGGAGCCAUCUCAGAGAAUGCUGUUUAAUCACAUUGGAGAUGGGGCCUUGCCGCGAAGUGACCCAAAUCUUUCUGCCCCUGAGAAAGCUGUGAAUCCUACCCCUAGCAGCUGGAGCCUGGACAGUGGGAAAGAAGCCAAGAACAUGUCGGAUAGUGGGAAACUUAUCUCUCCCCCUGUCCCUCCAAGACCCACACAGAAUGCUUCGCCAGCAAGACACACAACAUCAGUAUCCCCCUCACCUGCUGGGCGGUCUCCAUUGAAGGGCUCUGUGCAGUCUUUCACCCCAUCUCCGGUGGAGUACCACUCCCCAGGACUGAUCUCCAACUCCCCGGUCUUGUCGGGCAGCUACAGCAGCGGGAUCUCCUCUCUCAGCCGGUGUAGCACGUCGGAAACCUCAGGCUUUGAAAAUCAGGUGAACGAACAGGCGGCCCCGGUGUCGGUGUCCAGCUACGCGGGGCCUGGACCCGAGGAGCCCGUGCGCAAAGAGAGCAAAACCCCACCUCCGUACAGCGUGUAUGAGCGGACUCUGCGGCGCCCGGUCCCGCUACCUCACAGCCUCUCCAUUCCCGUCACUUCUGAGCCGCCGGCCUUGCCCCCCAAGCCGCUGACAGCGCGCACCAGCCACCUGGAGAACGGGACCAGGAGGACCGAGCCCGGCCCGAGGCCCAGGCCCCUGCCCCGGAAGGUUUCUCAGCUCUAAGUCACUUUUCCAUGUACCUGCGAUGAAUACCUGGCCGUUUACAAAAUAAGACGUAUGAUGAGAAGACAUUUAGUGUAGGCACUUUAAUAACUUACUCAGAUCUUUCUUUACAUGAGUGAAAUUAAAACUUGCUUAUUAAUAUAAUGUUGCACAAUAUUAAAAGUUACUGAUCUAAAGCCCAGAUGUUACAUGAAGUAAUGGCUGAAUCUCUCUGGAACGUUUCUCCUAGUGGUAAAUAGUGAUAAAGACUCUUUUUGUAUCUUUUUAUGUUCGCUUUUUUUUAUAUAUAUAUAGUUUAAUCUUAAAACCAAUACAAUAUUGUCAAACAGUACAAUGUGUGAUAAUGUUGUAUACUUUUUACUGAAUACUUGAUACUCCGAGAAAGCUUAUUACCGUCAAUGCACAUCCUCACACAAUGGUCCUUACUUUAGAAGACUUCUGUAAAUAAGGUGAGGUUUCUGGCUCUUUCCCUGAGCAGAAUGUUCAGUGCACACCCUUGAAUUGAAAGAUUAAAGCUAGUUAGACAAUAUAUUAAGGGGUUGCAAGGAUUGGGACUAGAAGUCAUUUUGUUCUUGAAACAAAAUGUUUCUUUAAGGUUGUUUUUGAUGUUUGACAGCUGUCUGCAUUCUUAAAACUCCACCUUGUGAAUCAGUUGCUAAAUCCUUUAGUAUCCUGACACCAUGUUAUCUACUGUAUUUCUUUUCAAGGUGCAAUUUGCUUUCAGAGUUCCAAUCAGCUAGAUUAAGCAAAAGACCCCAAGAGAAGUGUUUACUUGAAUUUUGUGCUUCCUUACUUGAUAGUGUCCCAUUUAAAAUGUUUCAUUGCAGAAGAGCAAGUGUUCAAGUAUUAAUAGGCACAAAUUACUGUGUCCCAUUAACAAGAAUUCAGGAAUCAAUAUAGGACAGUAUUAAAUCAAUAGCGUAAAUGAAGAAAAACACCUUUGUGAAAAUAUAUGAGCAUGAUUAAAUGGCAAAAGGACUUUCAAAAGGCAAGGGCAUUAACUUUCAAUCCUGCAUAAAAUUAAAAAUUCCUCACAACUCUCUCUUCAUACCAGUGAAGCUUGUCUUCUAAGCUGAUCCUGUGGUCCUUUUGUUAGAGGAGGAUGAUUAUAGAAUGUUCUAGCUUGAAUAUUGCAACAUAGCAUCUUAGAUCUAGAUAGAUAAGCUGAUGCCGCUGUUGUAGGAGUGUGGAAAAUGCACCUUGUAUGUAGUAAUGUAUUUUGUAUCUUUGUUUUUUUUUCUUUUACUGACUGUUUAUAACACUCAAUUGACAAUAGAUAUAAACUGUAUUUUAAAUCAUACUGUUAAAUAUUUUCCCUCUUUUGUUGGGAAGCUCAUUUUAGUUUAACCCUAUUUGUUUUUGUUGAUAGCUUACCUGGAAGGCAGUGACCACUUUUUUAUAUUCUCUUAAUGAAACCAUUCAGCAGGUAUAUGCUGUUGAGGCUGGUUAUAGAGGUUUUCUAUCAUAAAUGUUCAAGUAUUUUUGUACAUAACUGGUUAAUUUUAAUAAGAGAUACCAUUAUGUGUAAAAAAAAGGUAAAAAUAAAAGCAAACAGUUGUGGAUACAGUAUGAUUGUUAUAAUUAUGCCAAAUACUUUAUGUAUGGAAAAAGAAUAUUUGUACAUAUGUGCUUUUAACAAUAAUUCUGCCAUAUUGACUUUACAAUUUUGAAUGUCAGAAAAAUUAAUAUAUGUUAAAAUAUUUAUGUUUAGUGAAAGUAUUCAUAAUUGAGGAAAGGAACAAUUUUAGCUUUGUAUCUUGCAAGUUUUGCAAUUGGAAAUUUCUUGAACUAGCUUUCGCUUUUGAUGAUAACACUUUGUGUUUGUAAUCACAUCCAUAUAUUUAUAUAUAUGUGUGUGUGUAUAUAUAUGUACAUACAUAUAUAUAAAUGUAGGAAGCUCCAUAUUUCUAUUGCUUUAAGAAGUAAAACCUUCCACUUAAAUAAGAUGACAUGCAUAAGAUAACAAAGCUUCUUUGAUUUCCUUUUCCUGUGUAAUUUGAUAGAUUUCUUGACUAGUGCUUGGGCACAGAAUAAAUCAGUGUUAUUUGCUCUUGAAGCCACUUUUUUUAAGAAAAAAAAAAUUUUGGCAGUGAACAGUUGAAUUUAUCAUGUGCGUGUAUUUCUAAAGCAGCUAUAUAGCAGAACAUUUCAAGAGAUUCCCUUAGCUCAGAUGUUCAUAUUGGUUGCUGCUGGAUGGUAAAUAUUAAAUAAAGCUACCAGAUUAAUCUUCAUAUUACUGUCUUUAUUCCUAUCAUCAGUUCGUCUUUACCAAGAAUAGCAGCUAUGUAUUAUUGGGCUCCGGUUAAUGCACUUCUAUUCUUUAUGGCUCAUUUAUGCCAUGAAGAACAAAGGGUGAAAAGAAUCAGUGUGGGUCACUGUCCCGUAGAGAAGGUUACAUUUUUCUGGGUGGCUGAACAUUAACUGGCCUAACUAAGCCAAUUUAACCAGUCAAGCCAUCAGAGUUUCUUUGCAUUAGAAAACUUGACACAACACAGGUAGAACUGGGCAAGGGAAUGACCUAGUGCUGCCUUUGCCAGCUGUGACAUGCUCUAUUUGCAUGCCUGCUUUUAUUCCCUCUUUUUUAUAAAAUGUUAUAGAAUGUAUUUGACAGUCACUAAAUCCAAUGACUACAAGUUUUCUGUUAAUAAAGACUGGCUUUUAA